AGCCUCUCCAUCUCGCUGCAGUGCCCCUCCUACUCCCUCCUAUACAAGAAAGCAGCAGCAGAUCUACAAGGAGGUAACUAUGGCAACUCAGCUAGAAAUCUUCGUGAGAGCGCUCUCUCGCCUACUCGGCUGGAUAUACACGUUCUGUUGGUCUGCGUCCUUCUAUCCCCAGCCGAUCAACAACUUCCGGCGACGUUCGACAACGGGGCUGGCAAUCGACUUUCCUACCAUCAACGUGCUAGGCUUCGUGUGCUAUACCAUAUAUACGUCCGCUUUUCUUUACUCUCCCGUGAUUCGUCAUCAGUAUGCUGCUCGUCAUCCACAUGCUGAGGACCCGACCGUGCGCUUCAACGACUUUGCCUUUGCUCUACAUGCCGUCGUUCUUAGCUUUAUCACCUAUACACAGUUCUGGCCGUUUAUCUGGGGAUUCAAGGUCUCUCGCCAUCAGAAAGUGAGCAAGCCGGUGGCAGGCCUUUUCUGGGGCUCUAUAGUCGGCGUCACAAUCGUUAUUUUCAUCGUUCUCGGCCAGAGCCCAAACAACGGCUUUGAUCCAUACUUCUGGGCGUGGAUCGAUGUCAUAUAUGCCCUUUCUUACGUGAAAUUGGUCAUCACCAUCGUGAAGUACGUACCGCAAGCGUGGGUCAACUAUAAGCGUAAAUCCACAUACGGCUGGAGUAUUGGACAGAUCUUAUUUGAUCUGUCUGGAGGUGUCUUAUCCCUUGCCCAGUUGCUGCUGGAUUCUAGCUUCCAAGAUGAUUGGAGUGGAGUCACUGGAAACCCCAUCAAGUUUCUCUUGUCGAACGUUACCAUCUUUUUCGAUCUGAUCUUUGUGGUGCAGCACUAUAUUCUCUACAGAGAUGCAGAGGACGAUAGUGGUAAGACCCAGAAUCCGAGUGACCGGACUCCUUUGUUAUCUGAGUCCAACGGCCUGCCCGGGCGCAGUUAGUGUUUAGACUUCCGUCUCUCGUGGUGGUUAGAUGUCGAAACUUUGGAACACUUCGGCGGCCCCGACCCGUCGGCGGUUCCGGUUUCUUGGAUGAAUUGAUUAUAAGAACAUUUUCUUUUUGGAGGGUCUUUGUCAUGUGAAGAGCGUCGAGCUGGUUGACAUAAUUUUUUUCGCUUCAAGAUUUUUGGUCGGAU